ACGUACUACGCAUGACUAAAAAAAUUGUAUUUGAUCACAUGACCAAUGUUUAGUCUCAACAAAUAUGGCGUUGCAAAAUCCGCAGAUUUCAAUCAGUGAAACAAUGAUGCCACUGGAGAACGGUCACAACGAUGAUAUUGUAUCAAAUGAUGAGAUUCGAAGCAUCCAACAAAUGAUGAUGUUAUACAAGGAAAACCUUGAAAAACUUAUCACCCAUUUUGGGGAUGAACAACAUCCUCCUUCAAUCUACGUAGAGGAAUAUGAGGAUCUAACAGAGAGGCUAGAUACACUACAGCAUCGAGAGCAGGAGUUAAGGGAAAAGAUGACAAAUGGCCAAACCAGCGUAGAUCCAAAUGACCAGGCGAUGGCAGAAGAUCAAUCGGAAGCAGGAUCACAAACGACACCAACACUGCUGUCGCCAACAGCUGUGCCAGAGGGCAAGCUUAAUCAAAAGAGUAUACCAAUUAGAGUAUUUCUACCAGAUCAGCAACGUACUACAAUUUUGGCAAAGCCUGGAAUACUUUUACAAGAUGCUCUUAGCAAAGCCAUGAGAAAUAGAGAGUUGGACUGCACUAUGUGUUCUAUUUACAAAGUGAAUACGAAUGGUACCAAAACGAGAAUAGCAUGGGACAUCGAUAUGAUGUACCUGGGACAAGGUGUGGAGGAGCUAUUUGUUGAAAAGCUUGAACAAUUUCCAGCAACAAGAAGCAUAUCCCAUAAUUAUGUAAGGAAGACAUUUUACACACUAGCAUUUUGUGAUGCAUGUCAGAAACUACUAUUCCAUGGCUUCAAGUGUUUGACCUGUAGCUACAAGUUUCACCAGCGAUGUGCAAGUAAGGUACCCACAGUAUGCGUCUCACCAGGUGCCGAGAACUUCUACAAAAUGUAAGUAAAUAUAUAAAAGAGCUAUUAAUUUGGUGCUUGCACCAUGAAAAUCAUAUACAUCAAUUUUAUUA